AUGAGUGCGACAGGAUCUACGAUUCCUCAAAAGAGGCCUCGUGCUUAUCCCCAACAGCAGCUUACCCCUGCUCAGGUUCAACAGCUCAAACAACAACAUCUUUUGAGACAACAGCAGCAACAGCUACUUCAACAGCAACUACGUCAAGGAAACAAAAACCCCAAGGAUUUUCAUUUUGCUACUACUACGCAAGAGAUUUUGCGGAAAUAUGCAAAAUACCCUGCGUCAAUAACAUUCCACAUUUAUGAAUCUCAUUAUAGGUUCAAUAAUUCUCAGGACUCGGCAAUCAUUCAAAAAGAUUCUCCUAUGGUUAAAGACUUUUUACAUCAUGUGCUUAGAGAAGAAAUUCCCGUUGAAAUGUCGGAGUUACUAAAGGAUUUUUCAAUCAGGUCUUACGAUGGCUGUCUAAUUCUUCAAGUUUAUGAUCAUCGAAAUAUGGUGCAAAUCAACCAGGAACCAAGUAUCAACCCUCAGAAACAGUCAGACCUUCCUAAGGAAGCUUCAGAGGACAAAUCGUUACAAUCAAAGGAUCAGACUGAAGCUACUUCGACGUCUACUGGCAACUCAACGUCUUCUUCCGGAAGCACUAUUGUUUCAAGACCUAAAACAUAUCGUACUUUACUUAGACCAACACAGUUGUCCAUAUACUAUGAUUUGUUGUAUCAUACGGAUUCAGCGUUAGCCAGGUUCUCAGAUAAUCUAUCCUUGCAAAUGGAGUCGGAGAUAUUAACAUUAAGUAAUAGAAAGCUAGACUUACUGGUACCGUUGAAUCCUUAUUUGUGCUCUGAAUAUUUGCAGCCCGAACAGCAGUUUCCUGAGAAAGUUUGGGAUGAUAAGAUUCAAGAUUACAAAUUGAUUCAUAGUCAUAGGAAGGCAGUCGAACGACCUCCUCGCAAGCUUCACGAGGAAGAACUCAUUUUGCAUAAGUCGUCAGAUUAUGAAGAGAUCAUGUUUCUUCUAUCCAAUAAGUAUAAAAGAAUUGAUGAAUCUCUGGAUAAGAAAUUGGUUGUGGUGGGAUCAUCAGCUUUAGCAGCCGCUACUGCACCGAAGCCCUCGAGUAAGGAUACCUCGAAUACGAACGAUUCGAAGAACAAAAAAGGCUCCAAAGGAGCAGAUGGUACAGCUCCUACUGUUGUCAACACAAAUACUGCUGGAUCUACUGGCCAGUUUAUGAGAUUGAGAUUCAUCGAAGAAAUAAGAAAGAGAAGAGAAGCUCAGAAGGCUCAAGAAGCUAAAGCUGCUUUGCAGGCACAAAAUGAUAACUCUAUGCUGAAUAACACUGCACCUGGCUCAUUUAAUCAAGUAAACAAAACGGCAAAUGGACAAAGACAAGGAAGACCCAUGAAUAAUGCUGGAUUACAACAACAGCAUCCUCAGCCGCCAACAAAUAAUGCAAAGACUCAGCAACAAUUAAUGGCCGAAAAGGCACAAAUUCUAAGGGCACAGCAAAUUAAAGCACAACAGCUGGCCCAAGCUCGUCAACAAUUUCAACAAGAGCAACAGGCUGAGCAAAGGAAGGAAAGCAUAAGAAGACAGCAAUAUAGAUCUGCUAGCCCUCAUGAGCAAAACCAAAACAUUUCUAAUAGGGGUACUCCGGUGAUGAAUAACGUAAGUACACUGAGACCAGCUUCGCAGCCGCAGAAUAUGAACUCUGCACUUCAACAGCAGCAACAGCAGAUAUUCCAGAAUUCUUUGACUCCACAAGAGCAGCAGACUUUUAGACAACUUCAAUCGAGGAUGAAUGCGUUUGCAAUGAUGGGUAAUACUGGCGUUGCUCCCAACAGAGCGCACUUAACACCCCAGCAACAGCAGCUGGCUAUGCAACAAGCAAAGCUCAUUCAACAUCAGCUUAUUCAAAAAUUUCCCGUGUACUUCCAGAGACUACGCCUGUUCCAGCUACUACAGGAGCAGAGACUGCAACAAACACAAGCUUCAUCUGGUGGCACUCAGCAGUUUGCGCCCAACAGAGGCUCCAAUAAUAUGGUUCCUGGAGGAAUGACGGCUCAACAAAAGCAAAUGAUCAAUCAGCAAAUGCUUCAACAUAUGAGCCAACAGGAGAAACGAAUGAAUUGA